GGCCUCCCAAAGUGCUGGGAUUACAGGCGUGAGCCACCGCGCCCAGCCCCUUAGCACGUUUUAAAAAUAAAAAGGGCAACGUUUUACAGGAAUCUGCCUCUCCCAUUGUUGCAGAAACAUCCAGCUGAUCGCACUUUUUCUUCUUCUCUCGCCAACUCGUAACUCAUCUCAAGUUCACCCACAGGUCUAGUGACUCCGGCUGGCUGCUGCGGGGUGAGGAGACUCGCAGAGUGCCUGACUAGAGGCCGCCCGCGCGCUCUGGAUGGUGGCCGUAUCUUCAGGGUCUGGAACCCGGAGCCUCAGUCCUGCAGCAGAGCGCCUGGAGCCGCGAGCAGCGAGCAGCCCGGCGAACCGCACAGCCUCGGCGAUAGUCAGCUCCGCGGCCUCUGCUCCCGCCCCUCCCCUCAGCUCCGGGAAGGGGCGGAGACGAGGAGGAGCUGGGGCGGCCGCCGCGCUCCCGGGCGCACCAAGCCCUUUAAAAGCCGCGGGUCUUGACAGCUGUGCUGGCAGCCGCCGCGGUCCCGGACUCCUAGUCCCGCACUCCCCGCUGGCGAGCCGGCUCCGGGUGCGGCGAGACCCAGUCCGCUCGGCUUGCGCGCCGGAAAGCGGGACGCGCUCCAUGCGGCCGCUCAGCAUGUCGGGGCACUUUCUGCUCUCACCCAUCCCCGAGUCCUCCUCGGACUACCUCCUGCCCAAGGACAUCAAACUGGCGGUGCUGGGCGCCGGCCGCGUGGGCAAGAGUGCAAUGAUCGUGCGCUUCCUGACCAAGAGAUUCAUUGGCGACUAUGAACCGAAUACAGGCAAGCUGUAUUCACGUCUGGUCUACGUUGAGGGGGACCAGCUCUCCCUGCAGAUCCAGGAUACUCCCGGGGGCGUCCAGAUCCAAGACAGUCUCCCCCAGGUCGUCGAUUCCCUGUCCAAAUGCGUGCAGUGGGCCGAGGGCUUUUUACUGGUCUAUUCCAUCACAGACUACGACAGCUACUUGUCCAUCCGACCCCUUUAUCAGCACAUCCGGAAGGUCCACCCUGACUCUAAAGCCCCUGUCAUCAUUGUGGGCAACAAGGGGGACCUUUUGCAUGCCCGGCAGGUGCAGACACAGGACGGUAUUCAGCUAGCCAAUGAGCUGGGCAGCCUGUUCCUUGAAAUUUCCACUAGCGAAAACUAUGAAGAUGUCUGUGAUGUGUUUCAGCAUCUCUGCAAAGAAGUAAGCAAGAUGCACGGCCUCAGUGGGGAAAGAAGAAGAGCCUCCAUCAUCCCUCGGCCCCGCUCUCCCAACAUGCAAGACCUGAAGAGACGCUUCAAGCAGGCUCUGUCUCCCAAAGUCAAAGCCCCCACUGCGCUGGGGUGAACUAUCCCAGACAGAUGCCUCUCCUUUUUAAUAUGCAUUUGUGCAGCUAAAAGACUGGGCUUCUUCCUUUUUAAUCACACAUUCAGAGUUUAUUUUUAUAAAAAGAUUGAUUUUCAAGUACAUGUGUAUUUCUGAAAAUUCAGUGAUUGCCUAGAAGCUGGAUAAAAUUUUGUUUUGUUAAAAGAAC